CCACAUCAAUAACAGUUGAGUCAAGAUGGCGGCCGAGGGCGAGUACGAGUCGAUCCUGUGCGUUAAACCCGAUGUCAACGUUUAUCGCAUCCCGCCGCGAGCCUCAAACCGCGCCUACAGGGCUGCUGACUGGAAGCUGGACGCUCCGGACUGGUCUGGUCGAAUGAGGAUCACAGCCAAGGGCAAAGUGGCGUACAUCAAACUGGAAGACAAAGUCUCAGGUGAGCUGUUUGCCCAGGCACCAGUUAAGGAGUAUCCCGGCGUCGCAGUGGAAACGGUCAGCGACUCCAGCCGAUACUUUGUUCUGCGGAUACAAGAUGACAAUGGUCGCAGCGCUUUCAUCGGUGUUGGCUUCGGGGACCGAGGGGACGCCUUUGAUUUCAACGUGGCUUUGCAGGACCAUUUCAAAUGGGUGAAACAGGAGAAUGAAAUCAGUAAAAGCGCCCAGCUCGGGGAUUCAGGACCUAAACUGGACUUGGGCUUUAAGGAGGGACAGACCAUCACACUCAACAUAGGGCAAGGUAAAAAGAGGGAUAAGCCUCGCCCACAAAGCUCAGGUGGGUUUGGACUCCUCCCACCACCACCUGGAGGCAAGAUAGCCCCUCCCCCUUCAUCGGGCUCAUCCAAUCACAACAUAGUCCCCCAGACCGGAGGCACAGCAACAGGCUGCCUGUUGGAGCUGGACAGCAGCAACUCUAACACAGUGGUUCAGUCAAACCCUAGUUCAGAUCUUUGGGGAGACUUCUCUGCUCCUGCAAGCUCUGUUCCACCUCCAUCUCGACCACAGAACACCGCAAACUGGAUCCAGUUCUGAGCCUCCGGCGGUUACGUCGGUUGCGAUUUCCAUCUCACCUGCAUCUGUGUCCGUAGCUUCCUGUGCAUCACACUGAGAUUAACUCCCGCACCCUGAUCCCAAAGCAGAGGCGUGAAACACCACAGCUGUAGAGACAACUGAAGGCAUCAUUCCACUCACAAAGAGUCAUAGUUCUUUCAAAUAUUCCUGACAGAAAAUGAAGCAUUAAUGUGUUAAAGCCAUCACAUGACAUGAGCCAUUUCCAGUAACAUUUAAGGGCUAUGUGUGAUGUCCUGAUUAGCGGGCGUACCUACGUUAUGCAUAACCUCCCCAGCAGAUGGCUCCCUGAACAGAGCUUUAGCUUUGAUCUGGAAUGGUUUUGUCACAGCAACAGCACCCCCCCCCCGCAGGCACUGCAGAGUACUACAGCUCACCAAAAGACACCAGUGCUUUCUGUAACCCACUGUGAAGCGAGUGCAAAGAAUCAAAGUAGGCCAUUUUGACGAUUUCUUUAAUGUUCUACAAUUGGCACUUAAAUUUUAUUUUUGUAAAUCAGCCUCCCUAUUUCUGCUGAAGUUAAGUUUCUUGCUGAAUAAUUGUUUCAUCCUAAUAUAAGGACAGUUAGAGACACAUUACGCUCUUUUACCUCAUUUGCAACCGUUUUUUCCACUAAGAAAAGCGAGAUGUUUAGACGGAGGGGGGAUUAAAUGACUCCCCCGUUCGCUCGUUCCCAUCCUCACACUGUGAAACGUGGAAUCGUACAGCCUUGUCCUCAUGCUGGAGGAAACUUGAGAAUCUAAGUCAAAUGUCUCAAAAUGUCUGCAUUUCAAAAGGCCACUGCUGGUCUAAAGUGUGGUUUGAUUGCAUAAUGAUAAUGUAAUUGGGUUGAAAGAUGCAACUUCCAAACCUUCGGAUUAGGUUUUCUUUAUUGGAUAUGAGAAUUCAUCUACAUAUUAAUCACCACAGGAAUCAGGAACUAUCAGUUGUGCAGUAUUUUAGUGUGUGCCUAGAAUCACUUAAAAGUGGGAUGACAUGUGGUCGACGGAGUGUUUUAAAAGCCCUUCAUAGAAAUUCUACGGGGUACAUCAACAUUCCUCCCUGGCACAUUCGAUCUGUCAAUUUCUGUUUACAGUGUGAAGUCAUGUUCGCGUUUACUACUGGGUGCUUGUUAUCAGCAAGUUUAUUUUGUUGUAACACUGAAAUUAGCCAAAUCCAGACAUCCACUCUUUACUUUAAAUUAUUUACAUUUUACUUAUUUACUCCAUUGUCAAAGAAUUGAAUAAGCUAAGAAUUAAAUAUAACAUAUCUUUCGGCUGAAUUUGGCGAUGGGUGUUUGUCUGCUGGCAGUAAAUUAAAACUACUUACAUACUUAGUGGCCUUCCUCACCCCAAUCAAUUUUUUGACGUCCUGUGGAAACAGCGUCUCAUCCCAAUGAACUCUUCAUCCAUUUUCCGAGAUUCUGUCGACGUGAAUAAAUGAGGGGAAUCAGAGCAGGGACGUAGGACUCCUUACCAGAAAGCCCUAUUCCGCCUUGAAAACCAGUCACAUUCCUUCAGGCCGAUUUCUGAGAUCAUCAGAGCGGAGCUCUAACGUUGGGGUGGUCGUCGGGUGAAUCUUAGCUUCGCUUUCUGCAUUAGAUAUUGAUUUCACCCAGAUUUCAAGUCGAGCGUUAAGGUUGUGUUGCCGCACCCCCUAUAUCUCCCAGACAUUCCUCCACGUACAACAGGUGUUAUGUUCAAGAGGAAAAUGUGGAGGCUUAACCAUCUCGCCGUGUGAUGCGACGGUUACAGCACCUAAGCCGGUAAAUUGAACGGCUUAAUUUUCUACUACACGGUGGAAGGAGUGUGAUCGCUUCAGAAGUAUACGUGUGUUCAAUUUACCUGCCUUUUCAUGUUUGCGAAACGACCAUGAGGUUUUUUGUUUUGUUUUUUUAAGAGGCAAAAUGUUAAGGGAGAGCAAACACAGCCCCUGUGCUGAAGUCAGUACGAAAUACUGUGUUUUAUGGAAAUAUGAAUAAAUCUUGACAGGUAAUGCAGGAAUUGCAGACAAUGCAGAGGCAUUGUCCAAAACAGUACUGACAGAAGAUUUGGACAAUCUGAGGAAAAUAUUUGGAACUUAAAGAAGUAGUUUGAACAUUUUGGGAAAUAAACUUAUUCUCUUAGUUAGAUGAGCAGAUCGAUACCACUCUCAUUUAACAUAAAGCUGGAGCCAGCAGCUGGUUAGAGUAGCGCAGCAUAGACUGGGAACGGGGAAACGAUUAGCAUGGCUCUGUCUAAAGGUAACAAAAUCCCCCUACAGGCACCUCCUAAAGCUCUCGAAUUAACACGUCAUAUUUAUUUUGUUUAUAUUUCCCAAAAAAGUGAGCAGUUCCUUUAAUUUAUUAUAUUACCUGGCGACGUUCCUGAACAAGUGAACCUACAUGAUGCUAAAUGAUGUGGACUGUAAAGUGAAAACAAAAAUGCUCUUUUACUGAACCCAUGUGCACUGCUAGAGAUUCGAACACACCAGUCUCAGGACUGAGGGCGGGAAAAGCAGAAUCUGAUGAUUGUUACUUCAUCCGAUGAAUGUCUUAAUGGCAGCGAAUGAUAUGUUAAACUAAGUCUGGCUGAUUGUGAAUUUAGACAGUGUUUACAGGAUUUCGACAUAUGAAUUGUCAUAAACUUCUUGACUGUGAAUUAAUUUUGUUUGCAUAGAUUUUUUUUUAAAGUUUUGCUGUGAUCAAAUCACAUGAACUGUAUUUAAUUGGCAUUAAGAUAUUGGGCUGAUUGAUAUAAUAUGUUGAUAUGUAUGUUGUGUUUACGUUGCUCAUAUUGCUGCCUAAAUGUAAAAAAUGUCUCCCAUUUCUCACUCAUUCCUCUCUGGCUGUAAAAUCACUGGACUAACACUUUUGAUUUAUGACCAAUUUAAUGAGAAAGAGGCAAUAAAUCCUUUAAACAGGA